CUCACGAGAAACUAUCAAGGUUAGAAAGAGACACAACGUAUUCCUCUCUCUUUCGUGUGAUUCAGAAGUAUCAGAUCAAAAUAAUCCGCCAGCGCGUUUAUCUCAAGCGUAUCAAGUGAUUUGGUGCGGAUAUGGUACUUAAUACGCGUAUCAAGUGCUCGGUGUAAACUAGGCCCAUGUUCUGAAUCACAAGUAUCAGACCAAGCUCAUACGCGUAUCAAAUGUUUGUUUUAGAGAAGUUUGAACAUCGCUGUCGCUCGCUCGUCCCUUUUUCUGGCGAACCUUGGUACCAAGCGGUUAGAGAGAUCAUUCUGUCCGUGUACAUACAUCCCGAUUCGCGUCCAGUAACCGACUCUAUCCUCACACAGCCGUCCGCAGCCCGCUUAGCACCCAGUGUCGCCAAUCGCAUACGCCAUCAUGCGUCACCAACGGUACAAUACGGCUCUACCAACUUAAAAAUGGACGCAAGUCGCUCUCACAAUAGUAAUACAAAGCUUAUACAAUUAUCAUUCGGCAUUUCAUAAUGAUUUGAAUAAUAUGACAAUCGGUAGAGAACAUCGCGCAUGUAUCAAAAGCGUAUAUAUAUAUAUAUAUAUAUAUAGCAAAUAAAAAUAGUUAACACAUUUCUGAAACAUGUAGACAUACUAUCCAUUUCUUUGCAAUAGGCCUGUUACUUUUGGUUGAACUUUGCAUCAGUUCAUCUUUCUUCCUUUUCUCUUCAGGAGGAAAGAAGAGGAAGA